UAUUCACACUUAUUGAUAGAGUUCGUUGCAAGAUGUCGGUCCCUACACUAUUUGUGUGUCUUGCGCUUUCUACGACUUUAGUUCCUGCUAGAACGUUUAGAAUUGAAGACUUUUUGAAAUCAGUUACCAAAGCACAGACAGCGAGAACAGAUAUAAAUUCGAAAUCGAACAUUGUUACUUCAACUGAGCCGUACGAAGAACCCACAACAUAUGCUGAUGAAAAUUCUACACAAGUAUGUCUCCCUGGACAAAGCGCAUAUAAGAAAAAAGACCUUGAGUCAAUCAUUAAGGUAUUUUACGUGCAACAUGACUUCGAAAAACUUUUGAAUGAAAGCUACUAUCUAAAAGCAUUAGAGGUUCGUGACAAGUAUUACGAUAAUUUGGAAAUAUUUGAAAAGCGAUUUGAAGAUCGCCCACAACAUUUGAAACAUAUUCUAGAGGAUAUGGUUGCAACUCGUCGACGGAUUGAACCAAUUGCAAAACGUAUAGCAUCGUUAUUGAACCAAUCUGAGCAUUUCGAAAAUUCUUAUCGUACUACAGAGGAAAAAGUAAACAAAGUGCUUGAGCACAUAGAAAAAUCUACAAAAAUUUGUAAUUUGAAUUGUGGAAAUGGAAAUUUGGAUAUUAUUUCUCUGACAUCUUCAAGACGGUCUUUCAAAAAGCUAAAUCAAGUCUAUUGCUCUACAUUUAGAGAACUUUCUAAAAUUAUUAUAGAUAGAUUAAAGAAAUUUCAGGUUGAAUUUAGUGACAUUCUUGUAGGUAAAAUUAACAAAGACUCUAUAAUAUUCGAGGAAAAAAUAAUGAAUAUCAAAAAAAAACUAAAAACUGCUGCUGUUGAACAGUUUGGUUUGACGAUGUAUGAAAUAUUGAACUUACAAGACGAAUACUACCAUUACUCGGCCGAUUUAAAAGAAUACAAUAUUUCAAAUGUACUGCAAGAUAUCAAACAUAAUGAAUAUGAAAUAAACGCAAAAUUAUUAGAAUUGGAAAGCAAUGCGAAAAAAUACCGGGAUUAUUGUAUUAGUUGUAAUGAUCGGUUGGUAUAUCCAGUUAUGAGGACACCAAAAUUGCUAGCGAGAACCAGAGAAUCUGAAUCAUUACUAGACGAGGUCCUAAACGAAACAACGAAUAAUAUUCAAAUAUCAAUCAAUGAACAAUAUGCCAAAAUAUUUGAAGAAUUAAAUCAACAACUAGACGAAACUACAAUUAUCGAGGUUCAUUUAUCUAAAUUAAAACCUAUAAAAGUUGAAAUAGAGAAUGAAGUCAAAAAAGAAAUAGAUAAUUUCGAAACCUUACAAAGGCUUGUUCCUAAAGCUUCUAUUGCAAAGGUCCAUAAAUUAGCUGACGAGUCGAAAGAACUACUGCGCCGAGUAGAAAAUGGCUUGGAAUUUACGAAACGUUAUAUUCAGUGAACUUAAGCCAUAAUAUCAUUUUCUUUAAAUAAAUAUAUUAUACUGUAGAAAUGACUGCAAUGUUCUUUAAUAAAUUAAUGCAAUAUCACGCA